GUAUAUGUAACGAUGCUCCGUGAAGAUGUAGAGUUUGCUCACGAACAUUACCAGGUGGGAAUCUCAAAUUUGAGACCUUUCCUGCACAAGGUUUCGUUUUGGGGAUUUCAGAUCUGAAGCAAUUAGGGAUGGUUCGUGAUAAUAAUAAUCCCGGAAGUUCCUCAAGAUCGAGAAGGCCAUACCGUAGUUUCCCAACCAUAUUAUAUGAGAUGGUGGACGAUCCUUCAACGGAUUCAAUGAUCUCGUGGAGCGAGAGCGGCAAGAGUUUCAUCAUUUGGAAUCAACCUGAGUUUUCCAAUAAUGUUCUUCCCAAAUAUGUCAAACUAAGAAACGAUAUGUCAAUUUUCAAGACCUUCGGAUUUAGAAAAGUUGACUCUGAGCGAUGGGAAUAUGCAAAUGAUGAUUUUGUAAGAGGUAAACCUGAGCUUACGGCGGAGAUACAGAAACGGUUCAUGGCAACUGUACCUCCUGAAGUUUUUGUGUGUAAGAAUGCAGCCAAAGCAGCGAGAGACGUGGAGAGAGUCAGAGCUUUAGCAAUGGCUAUGAAGGAGAGAGCUUUAGCAAAGAAUCUAUCUAACCUCACUUUAUGAUUUCAUCACUCUUCUUCUUCCAUCUCUCAUCCUUGUUUAUCAAUGAAAUCAUAGAGAUAGUCUGUUCCUCUAUUGAAAAGUUGCUAUGUUUAUGAAUUGUGUUCUAUGCAAGGACUUUAAAUCAAUGCCUAAGACUAUAAUUCUUUUAACACCUUUUUUGUUUUGGUAAUAGCACACAAAGCUUUUCAAUUUGAUUCUUGAUUAGUUUUGUAUGUAGAAACUUUGGAAGACAGAUGUUCUUUAAUACUAAAGAGAAUAGGUACUC